AUGAGAAUCCGAACAAUACAGGCGCUUUUACUGGCGCAAUUUGUGACCACAGCCAUUACCACAGGUACCAAGGACGAUACGUAUGAUUACAUUGUGGUAGGCGCUGGUGUAUCUGGCCUGGUUGUCGCCAACCGCUUAACCGGGGACAAGAACGUAUCCGUCCUUGUAAUCGAGAGAGGCUCCUUUGACGACAAACCUGAAGCAAUCGUUCCUUACUACGCCAAUGGUCUGGAUCUAGAUGUCCUCAUCAGUCCGACAUCUGCUCCUAAUCCCCAGCUCAACAAUGACACCUUUUCCGUGGCUGUCCCAGCGGUUGUCGGAGGUGGCUCCGUGGUCAAUGGCAUGGGAUAUCUUCGAGGAAGCAAGGAAGAUUACGACGCUUGGGAAGCUCUAGGAAAUCCCGGAUGGGGCUGGGACGAUCUGCUACCCUACUUCCGCAAAAGCACGACUUUCACGCCCCCAACGCCCGACGCCGUGAACGAAUUCAACAUCACAUGGGAUCAUACCGCUUAUGACAAUGGUCCGUUGCACGUCCACAUCCCGAGCUUCCAAUACCCCGACAUCAAUACCAUAUGGGAUGCUUUCCGUAGCCAGGACGAUAUUCCGGUGCGAGCGGAUGAAAACGCCGGCAACGGCCCAGGCGCAUACUGGUUACCCUCCACCAUCGAUGGUUGUGACAUGACCCGUUCAACCGCUCGCAAAGCAUACUACGAUCCGGUCAACGCUACCCGUCCAAACUUGCACCUCCUAACAGGCCACACAGCCAGGCAGAUUCUCUUCACCGAAAGCGGACCAAGUCUCACAGCCAACGGUGUCCGCAUCAUCUGCCGAGCUAACAACUCAACCCGCCAAGUGUAUGCCCGCAAAGAAGUCAUCCUCGCCGCCGGCGCCAUCCAAACGCCCCAACUGCUCCAAGUCAGCGGCAUCGGCCCAUCUAGCGUCCUCAAAGCAGCGCGCAUACGGGUUAAAAAAGACCUCCCAGCCGUAGGCACCAACCUCCAAGACCACGCGACCACCAUCCUCAUCUUUUCGCUAACUAACCAAUCCUUCCCUAACCCCGACUCACUCACCACCAACACCACCUACUUUGACGCCGCAUGGGCCGAGUACCUCGCCAACCUCACCGGUCCUAUCUCCGCCGCUCCCGCCUCAAGCGCCAUCCUCUUCGGCCUUCCGCAUCUCAACACCUCAGCCGCCGCCUCCGCUACAGCAGUCAAACUCCUCUCCCAAUCCUCCUCCGAGACUCUCUCCUAUUUACCACCCAUCUACUCCACCACCCCUUCUCUCCUCCGCGGCUUUACACUCCAACGCUCCCUCCUCGCCAAAUCUUACCUGUCACCAAACUCCUCAAUAGUAGCCCACUCCAUGCCAGGAAACGGGUUCAUGCCGGCCCGCUUCUCAAGCCCCUCUCCCGCGGAACCGUCACGCUCGACCCCUCUGACCCUUUCGGAUUACCAGUAG